AUGGAAGAUGCAUCAAAGCUGCUUUCCAAGAUCGAGCUUGACGACUACACCAUUACGGAAGUCCGAAAUGGAUGGGAAACGGUCGAGAAGCGGCUGGGCGGGCCUCGGGAAGCUGGUGACUUCGUCUUCAAACUUCUGAAAGAUGCUGUGCCCCGGACAGAGGGCAUGCUGAAGAGGUCCAGCACAGUGUGGCACCUCCUCGACGGGCUGAUGCAGGCCCUGAGCGACCCCGAUCUGAUGCAAAAGCGCAUGGAGUACAUUGCUUUGCGCCACAUGAAUGCGGACAUCACGACGGCUGAUGUCGAGGUCUUCAAGGGCAUCCUCCUGGAAGUUUGUGCGAAGAAGCUGGGGGGCCUGAUGACUCCAGAGUUUCAGUUCGGCCUUGGCCAGAUCGUGACUGCCAUAGGCAUCUCAUUGGCUAACACGCACGCGCACUAUGCGCAGCGACUUCGGCUUCUAACUGGCUGCUGGAAGGAGGUCAAUGCUACCGAGGAUGAUGCCGCGGAGGAGCAAGAGGAGAAGCCUCAAGACUCCGAUUCCCCGGACGAGGCCUCACCCACCGAGCACACGGAUAAGAAAGAUCACGACUUGAGUUCCAUGGAGAAGGGCGAGGAGGAUCGUCAUACGAAGUGGAAUGACAACGGCAACAUGAACAUUCCCAAGACCUUUGCAGCGAUGGCACGUUUCAAUGCUUCGGUGAUGGGUAUUGGCGACCGCAUGUGGUUUGCUGAUCUUCUCUACUCCAUGGAGUCGCUGGUGCCCCACAUUGGCAAUGUCGACCGCGUUCAGGAGGAAUGUGAUGUCCUCGCAUUGACAUUGGCCCACUACGACAAGGUCAAUCUCGGUGAGUUCCGGUCCGUGAUGUUCGCAAGCCUCAGGUCGCUCUUGCCGACAGCCUGGAGCCUCGAGCACGAGAAUGCUUGGUCCUGGUUCUGGACCUGUGUGGAGAAGAAGGUGGAACAGAUCCGGCAGCUUCCGGUGCGGAAUCAGCAGUGCCUGAGAACAUUUCUCUCUCGACUGGACGAGGAUACUUUGGCCACGUUCAAGCUGAAGGUCUUCGACACGUUUUUCGCAAGUUGCGAGGAGUCUCAGCUCUACUUGCGUGCCGCCAACAAGCGCCUCCAGUACAUCAUGGGACGGAUCUUGACCAUCAUGUCCGACGUUUACACCAAGACUCACAAGGCAGUCAUCGCAAUCUCUGCCUUGGGCCUUCUGCAUGCGGGCCAUGGGGUGCCAGAGGACUUGGUGCGCCCUUUUGUCCAAGCCUUCAUGUGUUCUAUCAAAGAGGAAGUUCCAGACGAGUCCAUCCACGAUGGGCUCUGGUGGACACUGGACCUGAUCGGAAGAAUCUUCAUUCGGACAUUAUCAGAGGGCUCCACUCCAGUGAUCAUCGCCAUCAACAAGAACAACACGAAGGUGCUGAACACCGCCGUCUCCAACGCGCCCCGCGGGCAGCGCGAAGUGAUUUUGCUGCGGGUCCAGGUGGGUACGGAGUCCAUGUCGCCGUUGGUCUGGGCGGUGGAGAAGGGUGCUCUGGAAUCCGCUGGCGCGAUUCUCAAGGACCUGCUCACGAUGCGGGCGGAUCGCGGCCGCUACUACUAUGGCAUGGAAGCGAUCUUCAGCCGCCAUCCAGACAUCAUUCCCCUGCUUUGCAACAAGGCCCCAUCGCUUCUGGUGACACUGCUGGAUGGGCUCAUUUGGCGUUCCAAGAACGUGAGACAAGGCAUGCGUCGUGUGAACUACUACAUAAGCUCCAUGCUGGUGGGCGAUGAGGGCCAGCUGACGACUUCCCUCCUGGACCUGAUCAAGCAUGGAGACCCUGAAAUCGUUUGUCAUCCUGCUGCCGUCUUCCAGGCCGACCUGCUUUGGGCUCGGCUUUGUUGCCUUCCUUGGGCCGCCACGAAGGUCUGGUUUUGCGUGACCCUUGGCAUGUUCGUUGUUGCGGAGCAGCACGGCAUCAUAACGCUUGAUGUCCGCAGCAAGCAGCGUUAUGCGAUCAUUGCAUGCCGAGCCUGCUUGUACUUCUUCAGCCUGGGCCAGCUCCUGGUGAAGCACGCGGUCCAGAGUUAUCGGGCGCUGCGCGCGAAGCAAACGAGACGCUUCAUUUGGCGCUGUCAUUUGCCAUCCUACUUGCUGCAGUCCGGGCAGGAGAUGACCGAAGUGAUACUUCUGAUUCUUCUUCUGUGCAUGCUUUGCUGCGAGCCAGUGCUGCACUGCCUCUCUGCCAGCAAUGAACUCUUGGUGGACUGUUGCGAGUACGGGGAGUGGUACUGCAGCAUCAACAACUUUUACAACCGCCUCGCUGCCUUCCCGAUGCUGCUUUACUUUCUACUCGCCUCCGAGCUGGUGCACUUGCACGUGCAGCUCUCCGUCUUCAGCGUGAUUUGCGCAAGCCUCUGGUGGGAGUUCAUGCUGUAUCUCGCAGUUCUUGUCUUUUUUGCGGCCACCUUUGCUGCAGGAGUCGCUUGCUUACCUCAAUCUGGUGGAGCGGAGUCUGCGCAGAUGCGGGACUUUAGCAGCAUGCCUGCAGCCUUCGAGUCCAUGCUGGCCAUGGCUUUCAACACCUACGGCAGCGGCAACUUUGAGGAAAUUGCGACCGCUGGAGAGCCGAUGCUGCAGUGGUUCGUCAUGGCUUUUGCCGCCUGCUGGCAUGUCUACCUGAUGAACCUCAUGGUGGCCCAGCUGUGCCAGCGAUAUAAUGAUAUCUUCCACAACGCCCGUGGCAAUGCCCGAUUGACGCGGGGCAUCAUCAUCUACGAAACAUCCAUGCCACUGAUCUCCAAGAACCGCUGGGCAAGGUUCGUGGAAUCCUUGCGACUGGAGGUGGCCUGCGAAUUGGACGAAGGCGACAACGGACCCAGAGGUGCCGUACCCACGCUCGAGAGCCCGUACGAGUACUUGCAAUACCCAGCUGUGGAGCUGGAUCGGGUCCAACGGUAUGGAGGGCUUGCAAAUCCCGAGCUGCCGUGGCCGAACCUCGAGGAGGCAUUGGACGACAGCGCCGUCGGCCGCCUGGAAAGGCUGACGAAAGCCAAGUUCGAGGAGAUGGACAGGCUCAUGGUGGACAUGGCGGUGAAGCUUGGCGUCCGCUCUGCCAGUCUUUCCGGCGGUGCCGGUGACACCACUGGCUUCUCCUCUGCCCACGGAUCCACCCAUCGAGACAACGGAGAAUCCAGUCAUGUGUUGGAUGCCGAAGCAGGUGCUGCCAAGGAUGCUGAGGAGGAGUUGAGCGUCACGGAGCUCAACGAAGGAACCCUCAACGAGCUCCCCCAGGAUGGCGAGCUGACCGAGGAAGGCGAGCUGUUGAAUGAGACCCCCUAUGGGAUCAAGCAAAGCAAUCAGAGCCCUUUCUCAGUGCACGGCUGA